GUCAAUAAUCACCAGUUUCCGUUAAUAAUUAGUACCAGUAUUUCAAUGGGCUAUUGUCUAAUUUGUCUUUAAUUUCCCAAAGGCAUCUUCGUUGUUUUUCAAUGAUGCCGCAAUAAUUUUGGUGCCAGUUGGAAUUAGCGAGGACGUCCAGUUUUCAUUUCAUAUUAAGCGAAUAUACCUACUUAAUUCGUUAUAAACUUUCGUUUCGAAGCUUCAAUAAAAAAGUAUCAACGUUCGGAGAAUGCAUGGAUAACUUAGAUUUAGACAAGGAAAUAGAAAAUUUGAGCCACGAAGAUCUACUUGAAAUUACUCAAAGUAUCCUUAAAAGAUUGAUAGCAGCCGAUUCCCUUCUGAAAGAUUUACCAUUAGAUGUUACAACCGAAGAAGUAUUAUCACAAAUUGCUGUAGAACAAGGACAAUCAAUUACGGUUACAGUAUUGAGAGGAUCAGAUUCUCCAGUUGAUGUUGUUGUUGCCUGUACUAAUUGGAAAAGAGUAAUGAUGGUUCUUACUGGCACCUCAAAUGUGACAAAUCUCUUAGAAAUCCCAUCUCACCAAGCCCACUCUGAAAAUUCUACUGUACGUUUAUCCCAAUAUCCUUACAAAGAUGCAAUGAAGUACCUGAAGACUUAUACUACUUUUAUGAUAGUGAGACAUCCAAUGGAGAGACUUUUGUCUGCUUUUAGAAAUAAAUUUGAGGGAAAUUUGACAAGUUCCAAAUAUUUUCAGAGAAGGUAUGGAAGACGGAUCAUUAAGAAGUACCGUUCAUUGAGCAGUAAGAAAAUGAGGAACUCUGGGAAGCCAAAAAAACCACUUGGUUCCGAUGUUACCCUUAAUGAAUUUGUGCAGUACCUGAUUAAUGAGGGUUUGCAGUCAAACGAACACUGGACAUCUGUUUAUAAUCUUUGUCAUCCCUGCAAAAUAAACUAUAAUUUUAUAGGAAAAUAUGAACACCUCACUGAAGACACAGAGUCGAUAUUAAAUUUUAUAGAUGCUCCUCCUGUAAAAUUUCCAAUGACCAAUUCGGCACAUACUAGGUCGAAGGUCAGGGAAUAUUUUCAGACACUACCUUUAAGAUAUAUGGAGUCCCUCUACAAUUUGUACAAGAAUGAUUUUUUAUUGUUUGAUUAUAAUCUCGAGUCUGUACUAGGAUUUGAUUUUGGCUAAUCUGUGAAAUGUUUUUGAAUUGUUAUUUUGAUUUAUUUAUCUGGAUUUACCAACUGUGAUGACUAGUUUUAAUGUAGUUAUUUAUAAUAAAUGUUUGCAUAUAGGUUUUUAA